AUGUCCGACACUCGUGAGCAAGCUCAGGAAACUCUCGACGAUGCUCUUGGUUCUUCCCUCGAAUCAUCUUUUUCUCCUCCACCACUUCCUCCCCCUCCCUCUACAGCCACCACUCAACCCUUCACUUCAGCUCAAGCCGCACAAGAGCAACCAACCAGUCAAGCCGAGCCAGUAGAAGGACUCGACGCAUGGCCGGAAACAUACGAAUCAUAUCUCCGUGCUUGGCAUGCUGAAUCAGCUGUGGCUCGAGAAAAAGCAGCAGAAACCAGGGCGCGUAUAGAAAAAGAACGUGCUGCGGAACUGCAAGCCAUCAAGGAGAAAGAAGCGAAUGAGAAGAAAGUAGAGAAAGAGAGGGAAGAGUUGAAGAGGAAAAGAGAGAAAUUACUCAGAGAAUUGAGCGAACCGGGUCCCAGCAAGAGGGUCAAAGGUGAUGGGGGUGAUGUGGGGGAGAAGGAAAAGAUGAAAGAAGCUUGGGAGUUGGUUCAUGAUGAUACUGCUGAUGCUGCAAAGGCCCAGCAUCAUGGUGUAACGGAAACAGCGGCCAGUGACCAGAACCAACUUCAUGCUGAACCCCUUGAAUCCCCACUUCCCCCAUCGAAAUCAACAGCCACAUCCCGUCAUUCGGCCACUUCGGGAGCAUGGGAAGAACUAUCACUCACACCUUCUUCCGCUGAAGAUCUCUCACCGCCUCGUUCCACUUCGGACAAAUCAGGAGAAGAAAUGAUGUCUAUACCAAGAACGGCCAAGCAUUCCUCUUCUCUUCCUUCAGCUCCUUCGGGCAAACCAUCCGCACCAAAAGCAGGAAUCCCUAAGAAUGAAGGUUCAGGAUAUCAUCCUGCACGGGAAUCGGGAGAAGGAGGUCAUCCAUCUCAACCUCCCAGUUUGACAUUAAGCAUUUUCACUUCCCCAUCGCAUUUGUCAAUCUCACGGGUACUGGCGGUGUUGGGUAUCAACGUGGUGUUACCUUUCAUCAAUGGUGUCAUGCUUGGUUUUGGGGAGAUUUUCGCGAGGGAGGUGGUACGUGUGAGUAAGGUAUGGUGGGGAGGGAAGAAAUCUCCUGGGUCAGUCGGUAGUGUGGGUUUGAGAGGUUCAGGGGGUUUCUAG